AUGCUAAAUUUUGGUAAUGAACAUUGUCAAAUAUUGUCAUGUGAUUUGAAAAAAUUAUUCGAACAAAAAGAUUUAUUUAUAAUUGUUGAAACGAUUCUAUCGAUAACACGCCAUCGUCGUCGAUUGACAUCUAAACAAAUUCUAUUGAUUGAAAUUAUGCGAGAAAAACUUGUCGAAUUUCGAACACAACUGACUUCGCCAAUGUCAAUUUCAAACUUUGUCAGAUCACUUGAAGAAUCAAUUGAAACGGGUGCGCCAUAA